AUGCCUCCUGCUCAUACCAAAGCCUGUUCGCGUAUCGCGAUAGUAGGUGUCGGCCAGGUUGGUGGCGCGGCUGCAUACGCCCUGAUCCUCAGCGGCGUAGCGAGCGAGCUGCUCCUGGUUGAUGUCAAGAUCGAGUUGAGGGACGCCCAGGUGCGCGACCUCUCAGACGUGGCAUACGGCAUCGGCGGAGGCACGCGGGUGCGGGCUGCGACGCAUAGCGAGGCAGCGCAGUGUGAUAUCGUGGUGAUCACGGCAGGGUCCAAGUACUUCCUGGGGGAAACAAGUAUCCAACAUAUGCAUCGCAACAUUGGCGUUAUGCGCAGUGUGAUGGGCUCUAUGACAUCCUUUAGACCAGACGCGAUUAUACUAGUCGUGGCGAACCCGGUCGACCUGCUUACAACGCUCGUCCAAGAACUUUGCAGACUGCCAAAGUUCCAGGUCUUUGGUACAGGAACUUUCCUCGACUCCGUCCGGCUCCGCGGUUUGCUGGCCGAAAAAACAGGGGUACGUCCGUCUUCGAUACAACUGUCAGUCAUAGGCGUCCACGGUGACACCCAGGUUGCGGCAUGGUCGAGCGCUACCAUCAACGGCGUGCCCAUCGACCAGUUUCUCCCCCCGGAGCAAUGCAACCACGCCGAUCUCGCGAACGAGUGCAAACAUAUCUCGGAGGACAUUUUCCGCGCCAAGGGGGCAACGCCGUUUGGCAUCGGCUCGGUCGUGGCCAGCAUCUGCACCUCCAUCCUCCUCGAUAAAGGCGACGUCCAGCCCAUCAGCCAUUUCCAGUCAGAGCACAGGUGCUGCUUCAGCCUACCUGUGGUGCUGGGGAGGAAGGGGAUAAUGAGGACGGUUCAGUUGCCGCUAAGCAGCGACGAGAAGGCCCACCUUGCUCGGUCAGCCGAAAGGUUGAAGGAAACGUUGGAGCGCAUCAAACACCACUAG